GCGAGUGAACUUGACAUUUAAGCCUCUUAACUUGCAGAGACGGUCUUGCAAGAUGAUUUGGGCGGCAAUCGUUCUCUCUGUGGUCAUCAAAGUGGUGGCUACCCAAGAAUGCGCCAACGGUCACUGGGAGGACUGCGGCACGGCCUGUCCUCACACCUGUGAAUCUCGGACACACCCGAACGAGCUGUGCCCGGCCGUGUGUGUUGCUGGGUGUGUUUGCGACACCGGGUACGUGCUGCACAACGGCGAAUGUAUCCACAAGAACGACUGUCCCGCAUGCCCUGCUAACAGCCACUGGUCUGAGUGUGGCUCGAUGUGCCCGCAGAUAUGCGGAGAGAUCCAGGGCGUAUGCGCGGCGCUCUGUGUGCCCGCCUGUGUCUGUGAUGACGGCUACGUCCAGCACUAUGGAGCCUGCAUCAACCCGGAACGUUGCCCAGGAGGUAUUUAA